UUCCAGUGCGUUGAAUGUCCUAGAGGAAAAAUAUCCAAUGAGACAGGUAAGAUAGCCCUUAGAUAUAUUGCCAGUAUUUCAGCCAAGAGAAAUGCACAAAGGCAAACACAUAAGUGUCCUCUGAUUUGUGUUUUCUAGAUAUGAAUUAUUGUGUGGAUUGCAAAAAGGAUCGCUAUCCAAACAAAGGAAGGAAUAAGUGCAUCCCAAAAAACAUCACUUUCCUUUCCUAUGAAGAACCUUUGGGAAUUGCAUUAGCUUUCAUUGCAGUAUCUUUUUCAUUCUUAUCUGCGCUAAUAUUAGGAAACGUUAUCAGAUACAGAGAGUCUCCCAUAGUUAAAGCCAACAACCGGCAGCUCAGCUAUGUCCUCCUCUCUUCCCUCAUACUUUCCUUCCUCUGCUCUUUGCUCUUCAUUGGACGACCAAGUAAUAGGACCUGCUUUCUUCGGCAAACAGUGUUUGGAAUCAUUUUCUCUGUCUCUCUUGCUACAGUCUUGGCCAAAACCAUCACUGUGGUUCUGGCCUUCAAGGCCACAAAGCCAGGCAGCGGUACACGAAAAUGGCUGAGACCUAGAGUUUCAUACUUCUUUGUGAUGGUCUGCUCUCUCAUUCAAGUUGUGAUUUGCAUGAUCUGGUUGGGAACUUCCCCUCCAUUCCCAGAAGCCGAUUUCUACUCAGAGCCUGGACACAUCAUCCUGGAGUGCAAUGAGGGCUCAACCAGUGCCUUCUAUUCCAAUCUGGCCUACAUGAGUGUUUUGGCUUUGGUGAGCUUCAUUGUGGCUUUCCUUGCCAGGAAGCUGCCUGACAGCUUCAAUGAAGCCAAGUUCAUCACUUUCAGCAUGCUGAUUUUCUGCACUGUUUGGACAUCCUUCAUCCCAGCCUAUCUCAGCACCAAGGGGAAAUAUACAGUGGCUGUAGAAAUCUUUUCUAUUUUGACCUCUAGUGCUGGGCUACUUGGCUGCAUCUUCUUUCCAAAAUGUUAUAUUAUUCUACUCUAUCCUAAUAAGGACCAGAAAGCACAUAUAAUCAGCAAACAUUUCCAGAGAUAGGGUUGUUGUAUGUUUUCCGGGCUGCCUUUGACAACACAUUUCUAGAGAUAAAUAAAUGCUAAUGGGUGUCUCAUAUAAAGGCGAUAGCUCUGUUUGAGCUAAAUGUUGAUAGGAAAGGACGUUUUAUAUGGUGUGUUUUCUGUGAUGGUAUUGUUUGUAGUGUGAGACAGAAAUCGAACUUUCAGGGUUUUUUUCCGAAACACCAUUGUGUAGAAAUUGCUGAAUUAUGCACUGAAUACUCAUGCUUCUACCCACUUCUCCUUGCUUAUGAUAGAAUGACCAAUUGUAAUCAAUGCAUGAUUGAUAGCUUUUUACCAAAAAUGCCCACAUGCCCAUAUUUAGAAAGUAGUAAAUGAUGUGAUCAAGCAAAGCCAUACCCACUGGGCCAAGCAAGUGAUGGAAAGUCAGAUAUCCACCCCUCAUGGGCCAGAAGAAUCAUGAGAUGAUGAUGCUAGCUGGCAGAGAUACGAUAAAUUAUAAAAUUAUUGUUCUAAAAGACAGCAUAUGUUCCUCCUAUAAUAGAUAGUAAAUGGCACCUCACACACAUGCCAUUUUCUUCAGUCCUUUUCCUUUUUUUCUAAACUGUCUGUAAUAAAUCUUCUCUUCUUGAUCAUGAAACACCUGUGUCCAUUUUGCCUGUAUUUUGAGCCUGCCAAGUUGACUGCCUAGACCUGGGGCGUAAAAAUAGUGUGCAUGUUUUUAAAUUGAUUUUAAUGUAUAGUUUAAUUACAUUUUACCUAUUGUAUGUCUUAAUAUAAGGCCCCUGGUGGUACAGUGUGUUAAACCACUGAGCUGCUGAACUUGUGGACCAAAAGGUGCCAGGUUCAAAUCCUGGGAGCGGAAUGAGCACCCGCUGUUAGCCCCAGCUCCUGCCAACCUAGCAGUUCGAAAACAUACAAAUGUGAGUAGAUCAAUAGGUACUGCUCCGGCGGGAAGGUAAUGGCGCUCCAUGCAGUCAUGCUGGCCACAUAACCUUGGAGACGUCUAUGGACAACGCCGGCUCUUCAGCUUAGAAAUGGAGAUGAGCACCAACCCCCAGAGUCGGUCACAACUGGACUUAACGUCAGGGGAAACCUUUACCUUUUACUUAAUGUCUUAAUAAAUAUGUCUUAAUAAUGUCAAA